UCAAACUAAAAAUAAGAAAUCUUAUAUUGCGAAAGUUCUUCGUAGUUAUCAUUUAGCCACCAUUAUUGAAUCCAUAUUUCAAGCCUCAAAUAUAAUAUUUUCAAUUAUAAUUUAUAAACUUGUAAUUUUCUUCAAAUUUAUAGGUUCUUUUUUUUUCACUAAACUAGAAGAUUUUUUAUCAUGAAGCAUAUAACAAUAAUACUUGCACUCAUAAAUUUUGUUGUCUAUACCGAUGCUUGUAUUCCCAGACCAGCUGCCGUAUCACACAAGCCUCUUUUGAUCGAUCCUCAUACUCCAGUUUAUUUCGUAUCAACUGAUCUUCAAAAUAUGAUAUUCGAGAAAAAAACAGACAUUUUGAAGAAGUCUGAAUAUGCAACGUUUCACUGUAACCCUUUGGACAUCAAUCCAUAUACAUUGUAUUUGAAGGUAUUAGUGAUCACUGACUACUACAUGUAUGAAGAUUAUGAUGAACAAAACGUGGUUAAUCGUGUUCUGUCAUACAUGUCUAUGAUGGAGUCAUUUUCCUCAAAAUUCGAGUAUCCGAAAUUGAAAUUUGUAGUUACUGGGAUCAUAAUUCCAACCAAAUUUUUAGUGAUGGAUUUUCUGAAUCCACCAGGUUAUUCUACAGAACAUUUUGAACUUCAUUCAAAAUCCAAUAUAAUGCUAAAAAUGCAGCAGUGGUUAUUCUUUUAUAAAAAUAUUAUUGGUGAUAUUGACUUUGAUUUUUCGUUUAUACUAUCAUCAUGGAUGUUAAAGUCCUAUGAUUUGUAUAUAUAUAGUUCGUCCUAUGGAUAUUUUAAUUGUCAUUCAAAUAAAUCGUCAUUAACAUCUCCACCUGUCAUAAUUGCGAGAAAUGAAAUUACAAAUGACAAUAUUGUUCAUCCUUAUCUUGAGUUUCUUCACUACAUCGACGGUCAACGGAAAAAUUGGUUAUGUCCCGAUAGUUAUAUAAGGACUGGUUUUGAUACUAAUCAGUAUUUAACAAGUCAUCCUGAAUGCACACCUAAGAAUUUAAAGAAAUCUUUCAACACUUCUUGGCCAUCAUGUUUGAAAGAAAAACCGAAAUUUAUGCGUUAAUAAUUUGGAUUUCAUCAAUAUUGAGUCGAUAUAUAAAUUCUGAUAGUUUAUAGGAUUCGUCUAAAAUGUAAGACUCAACAAUGAAAUAUAUAAACUAAAUCAUUA